AACGCUAGAAGAGUGGAGGAAGGCAUGGGAGGCCAGCCCUAAAUGGGGACGCUACGUGAUGGCAAAUAGAAUACUGCCAUCACUGAAGCUGACACCCCACCUCAUAGACCUUGCAGCGAAAAGAGAGAUAUUCGGCCGAGUGCCUCAGUGCAGAACAGGCCACGAAUACAUAGGCGAGUACUACUCACAAUUCGUGCCAAGUAAGAACAUUGACUGCCCUUGUGGAGAGUUGUUUCACACACGGGAGCACAUCCUGCGUGAAUGCCCCCUCUACGAAGAGCAACGGGGGAUCCUCCUGAAUGUGUCAAGGACUGUAUACCUACCAGACAUCCUUGGCACCAAGGAAGGGAUCACAGCACUGAGCGAGUUCAUGGAGAACACGGGAGCAUUCACCCAGACAGGACAACUACAAAACGAGAGGCUCGCCCCAGAGCCAGAAGAGGAGGAGAGUGGUGGGAAGAAGACGAGGGCGACACGGAAGACGAGCAUGGAUAACUGCCACGCGCCCACCACACCAUAGACCAUGUCCAACACAGCCAGCCCCCAAGACACGCUCGCAAAACGCCCCAGGCUUUAGCCAACCACAGAAUCAAACGAACCAAUUAGCCCACCACGAGGGCACAAAAUACCAUACAUGUCCGUUACUCUAGUCCACAUUACACGCCAAAACACCUGGGGAACUCAGAAAGAAGAGCGGAGGGACUGGAACAAGAGGGAAAGAGGAUCCUGAGGCCCUGUACCUCCACCGCGUCUUAGUAGUUAGCUUACUUGUUGCGGUUAAUCAA